AUGCUCACGAUUGGCGCCUUGGCCAACGUUAAGCAUAUUCUGCAAAAGGAGCUCUUCAGUGUCAGCGAUGAGCGAUUACUCUCUGUGGUGACGGUGACUAAAACGUUUAAAAAGAAAGACAAGCGGGCGUGUUACCUUUGCGUGGUGACGACGACGCCUAUAACAGUGCCGGUGGUCAGCUUGUGUCUGGUAAAGCAGUCCGAGCAGCGGGAGAAUGAGUACAAAAGAAAACGCAGCUGGGCGCUAGACGAGAUUAAGUGGGUCGAUGGGCGAAAUGAUCAGCUGGAAACGCACGAAUUCGACAUUCAGUUGGAAAAGUUGUACAAAUGGUACGCUUUGCAUCCGCAUGAGCGACAAAACUUUUUGGCUGUGCUGAAUAGGCAAAUCCAGAAAAAUGUGCGGGGACAGCGCGCCGAGUUUCGCAAUAUUCCCAGCGCCUGGUUGUCGGAGAAAUCUCCUGAGAAGAUUGCAGCAGGCCGUACGGGAGAUGCUGCAUUGAAGGCACAGCAAACCGAUGGUGAGGAAUCCGAAGAGGAGGCCCAAGAAUUUACGGCACUUACGGACCGGGAAGCCACAGAGCUUGGCAAACUUUUUUCGGAGUGUGAUUUUGCCAUCAAAGAUGCGGAGCAGUUCAUCGAACAGCUGUCCAAAGAGCUGCACGAUUUGGAUGGCGCCAAUAUACAAAGUGUGCUGGCGUCGGAGCAAAAAGUACUGAAAAUGAUGGAGCAUAUUGAUAAUGCCAUCAACGAAGCGGAUAAGUUUGAAACACGUCUGGACUCCUAUGAGGAUAUUCUGGGGCAUGUGAAGGAAACCAUGGAGAAGAUAGGUGGCAAAAACGCGAUGAUCGAGAUUGCCAAUAAUAACAACAUCAAACUAAUGAAGGAGCUAGAGAAAGUUAUUACCCAACUCGACUUGCCGCACAAACAGCAGCAAGCUCUGGAGGAUCCGGAUUUUAAAACCGAGGCUGGUAUUAAGGCAGCUAUUGCAGCGGCUCAGUGUUUGCAGCAAGCCAUGAACAGUGAUAUCGAUUCGGCUCUGCUACGACUUGAGGCAGUGCAGGAUCAGCGCAAACGCUUUGAAAAAUGGAAACAAAAGUUUUCAAUAUUCAUUAGUCGUUACAUGAACAAUAUGUUCAUACAUAUAGGCAACGAAAUUGGCGAUCUGCCGCUAACUAGCAACGAAUUAGUGCUACCCAAUCACUCAAAUGUGCAUCAGUCGCUGGCGCCAUACACCGAAUUAAUGCACUGGACCAAGGCUAUGGAUAACAAGACAUAUGCGGGUCUGAUGCGGGUCUAUACUGCUUCAUUGUGCAAAAUUUACGAUCGUGAUUUGAGAAACUUUUUCAAUUUGGCGAAAAUGCAGGUGUCUGAUAAGCUGCGCAGCUCACGGGAAGAUCUGGACGCGUCGACCACGUCGCGCAAGGCUGCCGUUUCAACAGUGCCCUAUGGUACGUUGGGCGUCAACCGUGACCAAUGGGGCCCUGGCGUGGACAGCGCCGAUCGUGUACGCUUCGAUGCUCUGCUGGAAAAGGUGCUCGCCGAACUGGAACCCAUUGCCUUGCAGGAGCAGCUGUUCUGCAUAAAUUUCUUUCAAAUGGAUGUGAUCAGCCCCACAACGAAAAAUACGCAAACAACACUGGAGGUGAUGGAAAAAAGCGUCGACAUGUCUCAGUCCUUUACAGCUGCAUCGCCCUCGACCGAUGGCCCAUUUCCACAAAAGCGCAUCGAUCGGCAAAUCAACGAGGAUGUGCGUAAUUUAAUGAUGGGACUCUUCGAUUGUCUCGAGCCCGAAUUGGUUAUCUUUAUCAAAAGCUUUGAGCGUGUCGAUAGCUUCUACUCUCUAUACGUGCUGGUGCGUCUGACGCAACACGUUAUGUCCGCUCAGGACACACAUUCCUUCCUUAGCAUGACUUUCGCCUCGACUCUGGUGCAGGUGAAGCGUAACUUUGAUAGUUUCAUGAAGCAACAAAUGCAGUCCAUCAAAGAGUCGAAACUGCCGAAGCGCUCUAAGGCAGGAAUUUUGCCUUAUGUCGAGAACUUUGAGAAUUUCGCUCAAACGGCCGAGGGAAUUUUUCGCAAAUCUGAUCGACGAACCGACAUGGAGCGAUGGUAUCUGCAAUUGGUCAAUGCUAUAUUCGAGACAAUAAGCGAACAGUCGCAUGAACAUCCCAAGACGCCACAUCAGGUGGUCCGUAUGGAGAAUUAUCAUCAUAUGUAUUCGUUGUUGGCACAACUCAAGGUGCGUGGCUUGGACGGUUUGAAAAAGGAGGCCAAAGUGCGUUACAACGAUGCGCUCAAAGCUUAUGUGACGCACUACUUUGGCAGGCCGCUGGAAAAACUGAAUCUAUUUUUCGAAGGCGUGCAACAGAAGGUGGCGCAGGGUGUCAAAGAAACCGAAAUAAGCUACCAAAUGGCUUAUUCUAAGCAGGAGCUACGCAAAGUGAUCAGUCAGUAUCCAGCACGUGAGGUGAAAAAGGGUCUGGAGAACCUUUAUAAGAAGGUAGAGAAACAUUUGUGUGAGGAGGAGAAUUUGCUUCAGGUGGUUUGGCAUGCGAUGCAGGAGGAGUUUAUAGCACAGUAUAACUAUUUGGAGGAGCGUAUACAGAAAUGCUAUGCGGGCGCCAUGAUCAAUUUGGAAUUCAACAUACAGGAUAUACUCACGUUCUUCUCAGACAUUGCACGCUCCCAUUAGGACCCAUUGGUGGUUGUGGCUGCUGCUGUUGUUGUGUGUUCAGCAAAUGUGUAUGUUUUAUUUUACUCGCGUUUUAAUUUUAAGUGCAAUAGUAUUUACAAAACAAAUAUUUUUUCGAUAAAAAAUA